UUCUUUUUUUUUUUUUUUUAUGCUAGUUGAUCUUACUCCUAGCCUUUUCAAACGCGUCGUUGGUAAUCUUGACAAGGGUGUUGGAAAGAUUCACUGGAAGGUUAUCUAAAUCAGUUUUUAUGCUUAAUGCAUACCAGCCGGUCUGUAGCGUUCUCUGUAUUUUUUUUACCUUUUUGGCAAAAGGCCCUUAUGAUCUCUUAUUGUUCUGCCAUAUAAAAUACCCCCCUUGUAUAUCCUCUCUAUCCGAACCAGGUUCUAGAGUUGAUUCUCUGUCCGCUACCUCACUACCAUUCAUUCAUCCAUAUUUUAUCCUUCCUUUCCUUAUCCCCCAUGCCGCUCGUUAUUGUGAAUGUUAUAAUAAAAGACCUGUAUAGCUUUUUCUAAAAUUGGUGUCUCCCUGUGAAGCACCAAAAAACACCCUCUUGUUAGAUGUCAUGCUUGGUCAUCGUUGGCUAUAGAAUUGUGAUAACUAUAUCCCAUGAUACCGUUAUGAACGAGCUGUUUUUUAUCAUACAAAGGGAAUGAACCGUUACGAAAUUAACAAAUGCAACCAUUGCAGUAUUG